GGUGGGCUUUCCCACCGUGGUAGCAUCCCGGCUCCUCCUUCCCGAAGCUCCACCUCCCGCGAAUUCCCGACCACCGGGAACCAUCGCCACCUCCUUCCUCCGCCUCCCGUCGGUGCGGCCGCGAAGAUGCCGUGCUGCGGAGGGCCCAGCGAUCCUUCUGCUGGCAUCGGAGCCCCGCCGCAGCCCCAACGUCACGGGAGGAAGCCGUUUAGGUGUCCCAAGGUAAUCGUGUUGCUGCUGCAUGUGCUGUUCAUCGGCGCCGUCUUCCUGCUCGAUCCGACCCUCCGGAGGCAAAUCCGUCAGGAUAAAUGGUGCAUGAAUUUAUAUGGAGCGUUGGUACUGCUUACCUUGGUGCAAUACUUGUAUACAGCUAAUUCAUGUCCAGGGUAUGUGGGUGAUAUGUUGAGGGCUGGAUCAGGGAUGCAUGCAACCUUCAUUAAUACAGCGACUCUCUCAAAACAGGCCAGUUCAAAAAACAGAAGCUUAAAUUCUGCCAUGAGUCGCAGCAAAAUAGAGCAACAAAUUGCCCAGCCCACUAUACCUUCGUCGUUCCUGGCAUUGAUGGAUCUAUAUCCUCCUGGGUCAUCCAGCAGGGAUUUGACUUGCUCUCACUGCCAUCUCAUUCAGCCACCACGCACCAAGCACUGUCAUGACUGUGAGAAAUGUGUUCUCCAAUUUGAUCAUCACUGUGCAUGGCUUGGAACAUGCAUCGGCAAAAGAAAUCAUUGCCGGUUUUGGUGGUAUGUAUUGGAACAAGCAAUUUUAGCUACUUGGACUGUUGCUCUCUACAUCCAAUUCUUACAUGUGGAUAUCAACGAGUCCUGGUUGAAGGGUUUGACUGGUUUGAUACUGUUGGUAGCAUUGUCAUUAAUAACGAUAGUUUUGCUGAUCUUAUUGAUAUUGCACACUUACCUUGCUCUUACCAACCAAACAACAUAUGAGAUUGCCAGAAAGAAGCGAAUUUCUUACCUAAGGGGAGUUCCUCUGACAGUCUAUCCCUUCAGCAAAGGUAUUUGCCGGAACCUCUACGACCUUUGCCUGUCUAGACCGGAGGGAUAUGUUCUGGAAGCAGUGCCCCCACUGGAGGAACUAGAAGCCAGAGCUAGACCAUACACAUGCCGAGAUGUAAUCUGCUGCCGAUGCUGUUAGGAUGUGUUAGUAUGUGAAAUCAUUAGUUUAGUUUAAUACAAGAAUAAUAUGAGUACCUGUGUCUCACUAUUCAUGUACAGUAUAUGUGGCCUUUUCGUCUCAUAGGUAGUGCAUCUGGGUUAAACGAUGCCAUUAGAUUUACCUGAUAUGCUCAAAUCUGGAUUUUUGUUAUACAUUGUGCAGCCUCUAACGAAUCGAGAACUUCAUCACGCAUCUGUGAUAGAACAAAUUGGUCUGGGAAAGCAGCUCUUAUGUUCAAAUGCAUUACAGAGAACUUGUUCGUUCUA